UACGCACACACGCGCUCACACUGCCAGGGUGUGUCCAACCUCUAUAAAAUCUCUGCAAGAUCAUUUUGCAUCAUGUGAGACGCUGUAUCGUUGGAUUUUCUCCUAAAAUUGACUACAGUACGUCGUUUGACGCAGUUUGCUACCACGUGCACGCUGCCUAAAAGGAUUACAGGUGUUGGGUGUGCAGCUAGCUAUCCGAGUUGCAGCGCUAGCAACAGACUUUACGCAGACUGCAGCGCCUCUUUUUUUAUCUUAGACGGACGAUCUUCAUAAUUCGCUAUGCGGAUGCAAAGAGGGACGACGCCGAAGUACAUGGAGACGUCGGUGUCCAUGAAGAACGCGUGCGCGCUGAACGCGUGGCAGGAGAAGGAGCUCCGACACAAGCUGGACGCCAUGGACCAGAUGUACCGCCAGGAGUCACAGGAACUCAACAAGUACAAGCAGUCCCUCAACACCAUGUCUCACAGCAUGCAGACGUUCCUACGCGAGGGGACCCACUACUGGACCAACUACGUGUCUCCGAACUGGCCCUGGGACUCGAUCCCCCCGCCCAAGUUCGUGGUGGACAGCCCGGGUGUCACCGACCGGUACGGCACGGGCGGUCUGGCCGGGGUUCGCGUCUCCAUCCCCGUCACUAGGAAGAAGAAGAGGAACCCUGCACAGCAGAGCAGGGCUGAGCAGCGCAAGGCUUCCCUCCCGAUGAUCGCGCCCAACCCUGCCGCCUUGGCUGCGGCGCAGAAAGCAGCUGCGAACGGCGGCGGUGGCGACAUCGUGGUCGCAGACCCGACCGCGGGCAUGCGGGUAACCCUAACCGCGCCUACCCCCAGCCUUCCCCGUAUGCAUAGCCGCGGCCCGAACCUCAACACCCCGAAGACCAUCGCAGCUAUACCCCCUCAAGGAGACGGUUCUACUAUCUAUAUGGUUCCUGAAGACGAGGAGGUUGGGGAUUUACAAGGACAAGGCAAGAAGCCUACUACAAAAGCCAAAGACCCGCUGUCGAAACUCAGAUUUCUGCAGGAUCGUUGGACGAAGAAGGACGCCAGCGACAGAGACUCGACGGAAGACGACGCGGAGAGUAUCGGAGGGAAGACCACGCGAACCACCCGGACGACGAAGUCGCAACUGCGGCAGAAGAUGCGGUUAGAAUACGAGGCUCGCGUGAAGGCACGGAAGCAGAAGUCAGAGUGUUCGGAAGACGAAGAGGCCGAGGCGGCUGCAGAGUUUGUCACCGAGUACAAGACUUUAAUGAACUGUAGGUAUCUACGGCAUCCCCCAACUAGCGUCCCGAAACACUACACAAUUCUAGGGGUAAAAAUCCAAUGUGCUGCAUAUUAACGUUACUGGGAACAUCUUUUAAGUUAAAAAAAAUCUUUAUGGACAACUGUACGCACAUAUAAGACGCAAAAUUUGUGUACUUUAUAUUUUAGAACCAAGUGCUCGUUCCCCAUCCCUGUAACUAAGCAACUAAUUCAAUAUAGGAACCACCUGUAGAAAAAAUGCAUGUUAUGCCAAGCCACACUAAUGGGAUUUACUACCACUACAUUGUUGUAUUUUAGUUGUCACUUUAAAAAUUAUGGCUUUUUCAUCGUGCUAUUCUGCACCGAGACAGCUUUCAGUGGUGGUCCUGUAAACAAGGUAGUAACAUUACCCUCGGCGUCAAUACGACCGGGGCCACCCGAUCUGUUUUGCACGCCUGGCCGGGGUAACGCGACCCGGGCCGGGCCGUAUCACAACUCCGCUAGGGUCGGGCCGUGUCCCGGCCACUACAAUAAGAGGUCCUGAAACUAGGCAAAGGUCUAGCCUGACCCUUUGUUUUGCUGAAAAUCGGGUUAAGGCUUGAGUUAUUCCUUAGGAAACAGCAUCCUACCCCGAGAGCAAUAACAACGCCAUUUUAUACUCACCUGGCCAGAAAAAAUAGCAAAUAAAACUUAUCUUAAAACAACAAGAAUGAAAAGUUGUGUAAACACUUGCUUCUGGCAUAUGUAUACUAGUCUAAGGGACAGUUGAGGUCUAGAAUACCUCAACAAAUGAUUCGCUUAAAGCUUAAAAAACACUUUAUAGACAUAAGUCUUUUAAGGUUUUGUCUUACAUUGUGGUCUAUCUAGCAUCGUCCAAUGUUUUUAUGUGAUGAGUUGUUAGAAGCCUUUUAAGACAAUGCUUUAGACUUGAAAUAUCGUAGUUUUAUGUAAUAAGAAAUAAUGUCAGUAAUUGUUGCAGUAUGCUGCUUUUGACGACAUGACUUUUC